CACUUGUCUAAGUGUCUAAAAGUAGGUAAUUAAAAAACCACAGUUCAACGUUUUUUUCCCUCAUCCAUGCUUCGCCUGGGUUCUUUGUUGUUUGGUGAGCACGGUGGGUUUUUUCUCCAUAUCUCAGCUUCCAGCGAAGAGACCGUUUACGCACAGGUGGGAAAUACCCGCUCUAUAGGACAGCCCCCUCCCUCAGUUCCUCAUGGGAAUAUGUGCGCAAGUGACAUUUUGCCGUAGCCGUUCGGGACAGCAGGCAAAGCGUCUCUGCAAACAGGUGUGCGGCUGCUACCCGAAUCAGUUUCCUACGCCUUUAAUCCAGUUGAAGGAAAGGGAGAAAGCCAUCCCAUUUGCAGAAUCAUCCUCCUCGACGCGGGACGGGGAGAGGAGGGGGGAACCUGCAUCUUAGUAGCCGAGCUAUUAUAGCCUAUUAUUUGAAGGGACAAACGGGUUAUAAGAGCGAACGCUAUGGCAACAAAAAAAUCAUCAUGCACUGAUAUAACGAAAAGGAGCCAGAGACCGGUCGUUUUAGAGGCGGAGAUGUUCAGUGAAUUUCAGGACUGGUGCCUCCGGACAUAUGGGGACUCGGGUAAAACAAAGACCGUCACCCGGCGAAAAUACAACAAAAUCAUGCAGACAUUGUUGCAAAACGAAGAGUCGGACAGCAUGUAUGUCGACAAUAGUCACAUAAAUGCCAAAUUCAAAUUCUGGGUGAAGUCGAAAGGGUUUCAGGUCGGGAGCAACAUCCUCGGGGAGCACAAGAAAGGACCAUCAGGGAAGCCCGUCCUAUAUGUCCCGGUCAAGUCAACGUGUGCUGAUGCAGGCUUGGCCCAUGACAGCUCAUCCCUGAAGAGGGUGGCAGUGGUGGAGGACUUCUUCGACAUCAUCUAUGCCAUGCAUGUGGAGAUGGGUGCCGACCCUGGCAGAGCACCUAAACAUGCUGGCCAGAAGAAGACCUACAAAGCGAUAGCAGAGACAUAUGCCUUCCUGCCCAGGGAGGCAGUGACACGCUUCCUAAUGAGCUGUGGAGAGUGUCAGAAAAGGAUGCACAUCAAUCCCAGCACCGCAGAGUUUAAAGAAAAUGAUCGACCAACAUCUCUGGUCCCGGACCUCAUUGACUACAACAUGCCCCUGACUGCCACCUACCUGAAACAGAUGAAACUACAGUGCAUGACUGCCAAUGAGCGGGAUGAAAGUUCGGUGAGCAGUGAGGACAUGGAUAUGGCUGAGCCCACGUGGGUCUCUGCUGAGCGUCCCCCUGUACCUGAGCUCAGUCCCCCCAAUGGAGGGAUGGUACACGGCCCACAAGCCGCAUUGAAAGAGGAGGACGAUGACGACUCUGAGAGUGGCAGUGCCAACGGGCUGCCAGCCCUGACCCCCCCGGAGGCGAUGGUUGUGGGCAGUGUUCCUCCAGAUGGUGUGGCUCCAUACAGGGAGGUGACUGAGAACGGGGUGAGCGCUCCCCUGAACUUCAGCACCACCACCUCAUCCUCUUCCUCCUCAGAGGACCAGCAACCAGUCAAUCUGACUGACAGACUGCUGCCUGUGGGGAGCCCUGUUGGGACGCCCUACCCAGCUGACCCUACGAGGAAGUCCCCCGGGAAAUCAGACUACGGCAACAAGUCUCCUCAGUACAGCUCCGGAAGCUAUGACUCGGUGAAGACAGAACUGAACAUGAGUGCUGAGGACCUGACCUCUGGGCGUGCUCAGAUCAUCGAUGAUGAUGAUGACGAUCAUGACGACCACGAUGACAGUGACAAGAUCACUGACGCUGAGGGGAUGGACCCAGAGAGGCUGAAAGCAUUUAAUAUGUUUGUUCGUCUGUUUGUGGAUGAGAAUCUGGACCGCAUGGUGCCCAUCUCCAAGCAGCCCAAGGAGAAGAUCCAGGCCAUCAUCGAGUCAUGCAGCCGACAGUUCCCUGAGUUCCAGGAGCGCUCCCGCAAGCGCAUCCGCACCUACCUCAAGUCCUGCCGCCGUAUGAAGAAGGUUGGUUUUGAGACGCGGCCCACACCCCCACACCUCACCUCUGCCAUGGCUGAGAACAUUCUCGCUGCUGCUUGUGAAAGUGAGACACGCAACGCUGCCAAGAGGAUGCGACUAGAUGUCUAUCAAGGCCCUGAGGAACCUGCAGCUGUUGAUAAGAACGCCUCCAGGGACCUGGCCUCAGUUGCCCCCUCAGGGUUCUCCCUGGCUGUCUCAGCCUACUCCCAGUCUCAGGACCCAGUGUACACCAACGGCACCAACGGGGGCCUCAACUACAGCUUCCGCAGUUACGGAGCAAUGAGCAACAACCUGCCGACCACUGCUGCCACCACUACACAGACCAAUGGUCCCACUGAUCUCAGUAUGAAGUCUGUGGCUCCCACCUCCUCCUCUUCCUCCAGUUCUAACAGUCACAGUGGUCAGGGUGGAGGCGGGGGAGGUGCCUCGGCUCAGCUCAGCCCCCCUGAGGUCACAGCGGUGAGGCAGCUCAUCGCCGGGUACCGAGAGUCUGCCGCCUUCCUGCUCCGUUCUGCAGACGAGCUGGAGAACCUGAUCCUGCAGCAGAACUGAACCAGAACCAGGCAAGACCGGACGAACCAUGCCGUGCAAAGACCCGUCUCCCCAGGCUGUCCGUCUGUACUAUCACCCUCAGUCACACACAUUUAGACAGACAGACACUUAAUCAAGAGUAAAACUGAGUAAAGUGUCAAAGUAAAGAGUAAGAGUAAAAGUGCAUCGCACAAUUGGGCCAUAUAGAUAGUAGAUUGUAGAUAUAUGGUCACAGGAGCAGAAACUAUUUACAGAAAUAUACAAUCCAUACAUUCACACUGAUCUUAGUGCCCAGUUAGCUUUUGACAUUCCCAUAACAAACCUACUCCUCACCCACUUCAUCCAUACCCCCAGAAACACUGCAAAGUCACCUCCUUCCAUAGAUUUUCUUUCUAAACUCUGAGGAGGUAUUUGUCAAACAUGAAUUGCUGCUUCAGAUUUGACAUUCUGCCACUGCUCUAAUAAACCUCAACAGUAGUUUUUAAAGUUAAAGUUGUGAUCAUAGAAAAGGGGGAUGUUAAACCUGUAGGGUAAAGUACUGUAAUGUGUCCAAACCUAUAGGCUUUGGAUCGUAGGAUAAAAGGUUAAUGCUUCUGGGAAAAGUGUGGAACAGGGUGCAAUAUGGAAGAUAAUCAGUAAAUGUGCAUGUAUGGAUAUGCCACUUGGCAAGUCAAGCCAAUGUCCACAUACUCAUGAUGGUGAAGUCUUUUUGUGGGACAUUGUGCAAAAGGAGGUCUUCUUAGCGUACCUCUACCUCCUCCUCAUGCUUUCAGUCUCAGCAUGAUGAGCUAAUCUGUAAAACAUUCCACAGAGAUAGCAGAUUUACCACAAACAUCCCAUGAGACUUUGUGAGGCUCCUCUGUGAGCAGUAACGUUAGUUGUCAAUCAGGAAUGCUGUGUAAAAAGAAAGUAUGUCUCAUGGCAGCACUGUAGCUUCAUUGUUGCUUGUUCUGAACGAUGCUCUUCAUUAUCUGGAACCUCAUAACUGAGGCCUUUCACUGACUAGCACCAAUCAGACAGAUGUGAAUAGGACAGAGGACCUGAUAUACAAUGAUAGCAGACUUGAGGUCAAUGAACCUUUGUUAAGUAAUUUGAGAUUAUUUCAGAGUGUAACAUUUUGUGUUGGUUUAAGUCAGGCAGAUAUGAACAGCAUAUGGUUGUGUCAUAAACUUUGUCUCAUGAACGUUACAUGGUCGUCUCAUGGAAAUGUAUGGUGAAUGCAUUGCGCUCCUUGUAACGGCUGUUGGCCUGCUAUAGAAAAGGAUUUCCCUCAAAAUCCCACAAUGUUCUCUCCACCUCAACUCCUUUUUCUUACCCGUCUUUGCAUUUCUCAUCAGCAGAAAUUACGACAUAAAACACACUGUUUAAAAAAGAAGCAAAAGACAAUCUUGAUCGUGUGAUGGCAUCACAGUUUACUCAACAAUUCCUUGCUAUGGUGUGUGUACUGUAUGUGAGAGCAGCACAGAGUACUGGAGCCGUAACAUGCUCUCUGUCAACAGACUUUGACAGGCCAGUCAUUUGAGCACUCAGCCCUAAGCAGUCGUAUAGAUGUGUGUUGUAAGAAUUAGAUUUCCCAACUUUUUUUUAUUGUUGUUAAACGUUGGCAUUUUUUCUGUUUGUUGUGUAAGUGAAGUGGAGUUGCCCUUUCAAAACUAUUUUGUAAAAAAGUUUGCGCUGUAAGCUUAAACAUUCCAAACAAAGACAAAAUAUUAUUUGAAGUAGUCAACCUGGUCAGCACCUUAUAGAUUUGUCAGAUAAUUCAUAUCAAAGAGGAAUAUAUUUCAGUGUCAUUUAUAAUAAAUGAUGUCAGCAGCACAUAUAUCUACUACAUUGCUGUGAUGAUGAUCAUUCCAAGAACAGGUCAGUCUAAAAUGACAUGCACAAAAUAAUCUGUCAUUUAUUUAUGGUCACCAUCCAUGACAUCAUGUGACUUCUUUAUUAUAUUUCAAAUGCCUAAUCUAUUGCAAGUUUGGAAGCACUUUACAGCUCAGGAUAAAAUAACAUGGUAUAUAUUUGUAACCGGACAUUGUUACAGAACAAUCAUACUUGAUUCACAUAUUCAAUUUACACAUUUAAGAUACACAUGCCUGACAAUGGGUUGGUCAUGGUGGUCUAUGAUGAGAGCUGAUAUGAGUGUGUGUUUUACUUUUUAGUUUGGAUGUCUGUAUCGAUUUAAAUGUAGAUUAAUUUUGUCCACUGAACUGAUAAUCUUAUGGAUAAUUUGAUGUGGGAAACAUUAUUACAAUGCACAAUAUUGGGUUAUAAAGUACAUGGCAAGGCUCAUGCAAAAUUCUGCCAAUCUCACUGUCUUAAAAACUAAAUAAUUUCAAUCUGAAUUUUUACUAGCAACACAAGAAAAGUGCUGCUUUAAAAGAGCAUUAUAUUUUGCACACAUCAGACUUCUGAAAUUGUAUUUUAGCUAGACUAGUCAGGUUUUAGAAACUGUUAUUUUGAAAAAUCAUGGGGGCUCAGGCUUGUGUACACAUUUGAACGCAGGUAAAUUGUUAAUUUGAAUAGACUCAUUUGGAUCAAUCAACUUGAUAGCUAUACCUACACUCUUCGAAAAAAAGGUGAUAUCUAGAACAGACUAUAAAAGGGUCACCAUACAAGAACCCUUUGAAGAACUCUUUGUGGUUCCAGGUAGAACCAUUUUGGUUCCAGGUAGAACCCUAUUGGGUUCCAUUGUAGAACCCUUUCCCCAGAGGUUUCGACAUGGAACCCAUAAGAGUUCUACCUGGAACCAAAAAGGGUUCUACCUGGAACCAAAAAGGGUCCUACCUGGAAUC